AUGGCGGCGGCUGUGAGGAGGGAGGGGAGCCGAGGGGGGGUCCCCGCGCGGGCGGGAAGGGCGAUGGUGGCGGCGGGGCGGGCGGAGGCUCAGCAGCCGCGACGCGGGGCCGCGCUAGGGCGCCGGCGGGGCCUCAUGGCCGGCGGGGCGGCGGCGGCGGCGGCGACGGCGGCGCGGGGCGGGGCGGGGGCGGGAGGCGGCGGCACCGGGCGGCCGGGCCAGGCCGCGCCGCGUGCCCGCGCUCGCGCACGGCGGGGGCGGAGCCGCGCCGAGGGGCGGGGCCCGAGCGGCGCGCGGGGUCACGUGCCCACAACACCUUCACGUGCCGCCGCCGCCGGCCGCGCGCAGGCGCUGUGGGGCGCGGGGAGGCGGCGGGCCGUGCUGGUUAUCGGGCCCGGCCGCGCCGCUGCUCGGGAUCGGCCCCCGGGCGGGCGGGAUCGCUGCGGACACCGCGCCGAGAGAGGGGCUGGGAGAGAGGAGGGCGGACGGAGCUUCCUCCGCCUGAAAAGCAGCGCGGGCUGCAGGAGGGUUUUGGGGCUGGGGGCAUCCGGCGAGGAGCCGUGA